UGAAAAUGUGGUUGCCAUGGACACACUUGCUCCAUUGGCUGUUUGGGAUGGUCCCACAGACAUACAGGUAACUUCAAAGCAAAUGUUUAUUAUUAUCUUUUAAAGUAAAGUACUUCCUGAUGUUUGUAAUAUGGGCUGUCUGUAUGGUAUAUUUGAAAGUAUUGUACUUAAACGUAUUAUUUUCUGUUUGUAGACUACGUCUGUGCGACAUUUUAAGAAAGCAGCUAGGCGUGUCCAGAAGGAGGUUGAUUCAUUAAAUUAUCUGGCAUACAAAUACAUUGUGGUGUUAUUUUUGUUAACUGUUGUUGUUCUUGAAUUAUAGGUUGCAUCCCCACCUUGCAUAAAUCCUCUUGCAGACGUGGAGUCUGUUCAUUUUAGGAAGGAGGUAAGAAGUGUGUGUUUCAAACAUAAAAACUAAACAAAUCUUGAUGGUGUUUAGGAUGUAUUGCCCUUUAAUUUCUUUUAUAUAGGUGUUGGACUGUGACCAGCUGCCUUUACCACACCAUCAGGAGGCAUCUGGUUGUCCUGGGUCUGUCUCUGGGUCUGGUGCUGCCCAUGCUGUGAUGCUUCCUUCUGGCCAGAAGGGUGAUUGCCAUCACGCGCAUGCAUCACCCAGAGGUCAGUCCACUAACACCCCUUCUUGCAUGCGUUCACAGGUUUUGCUAUCGUCUCUAGUUCCAGAGACAACUGUUCAAGAACCUUCAAGCAGUUCUGUUGUAAAUAAUUUUGAUGAAGAUGAUACAAUCUUACACAAGGAUGAUAGUUUUAGACUCUAUCCUAGGAUCAUUUCACCAGGGCGAUAGGCGUUUUAAAUAUGGGGGAGUUCAGUGCGCAGCUAUUACUGUUGUUGCUUUAACAAAGCACAAACAGAAGAAUGUUUUUUCUUGGGAUUUUGCCAUGUUGGAUAACGUUGUUGAGUUAGGAGAUGAGCUGUACACAGAUUUGCGCGACAACAAAAAGAUUAGAGGUGGACAUGAGUUUCUCUCUGUUCCAGACUUGCCAAAGGAAAUUGACAUAGAAGAACAGUGUUUUAAGCUUGUUUACGGGGAUUUUGUUUCAGGAGAUGUAGAUGUAGUUGAAGGCGAGUUAAUAGAUGCUGGUGUGUACACUCCUCUCCUGGAUGGAUUGCAGAAGAUGUGCACACAGCAUGAAACUUGCAUUAUGACAAUGGCAUACUUUGGCAAUACUUGUGCUAUCAUUUGUGAUAAUGGACGUUAUGCUGUAGUAGAUUCCCAUGCACGCUCUGCAGACGGCAUGGUAGACCCGACAGGACAGAGUGUAGUUCUGUACUUUGCAAACCUUGAAAAUGUUUUUCAACAUUUUCAGAGGUUUGCUAGUAAACUAGUGGGAUCUCAGAAGUCAUUUGAGAUCACUGGAGUGGAUAUUGUUCAGAUGGACACAUUUAAAAAUGUAUCUGAACAAACAAGUGCAGUUCCCAUGAAGGCCAAAGGGGAGAAGGGCAAAAGGUCAUCCACAUCCACAGCAUGCAAAAGGAUGAAGAUUGAUGAUGUUAAGGAUAUGGACUCUGUUGUUUUUGUUAGUGAUGUUACGACAAAGGUUUGGCAUUUUGAUCCCAUCUCUAGUGAUGUGUCAGAGGUUCUGUGUAAACGGUUGAAUGUGGCGUAUGAAAAGUGUGAUUAUGUUUGUUGUGGUGUUGGUGAGUUGGGUGUAUGAGGAAAUAGUUGGUGAUGGAAACUGUUUUUU